UGGGGUUGCGGCGCUCAUCUCGCUUUAUUGGCCGAGGGAGCCAGCGUACAGCUUCUGGGUCGUGGCCAGCAUGACUAAGCCGCUUCUGGCGAACCAGAGCAGUGCACAGAAACACCGUUUACCUUCCCGCCAGAGCGGUACCUAUUUAUCUACUUGCACUUGGACGUACUUUCGAACUGCUAGGUUGGCAGGAGCUGGGACCGAGCAACGGGAGCUCACUCCAUUGUGGGGAUUCGAAUCGCCAACCUUCUGAUCGGCAAGUCCUAGGCUCUGUGGUUUAACCCACACAAAUAUUCAUAAAUGCACACAUAUCUAAAUAUAUAGCCCAUGUGUCUGAAAUAGUACAGGAGAGCAAUCCUGAAGUCAUUUUGACUCUCCCAAUGACCUGAAAUAUUCCUCUGCAGUAAGGGAGGCAAAUAGGGAAAGCCUUCCCAUUGUCUUUUCGCUUACAAAUCCUGUCAUUAAUGCCACAUGGGAGGUAUAGUUGCGUAUUCUAAACAGUGCUGGAUCUCUGCCCCUGGCACCCUGUUUCAUUGUCACUCUGGGUUCUGCAGGGCUAGACAGGACACUCAUUACAAUAGGGAAGCUAUUACAGUAGUUACAAAGCAACCAGUGAUUGUGCAUUUGUUGUGGCAAUGGAUUUGAGAGGGAAACAGUAAAGUCAUAUUCGACACAGGAAGUUGAAAGGUCUUGUAACUUUGGACAGAUUGCAAUUUCCUCCUUAGGUGGCGAAACUCCACAUUAAGCAAAUUGUCUUCUCUUUUUUUUGUUCUUUCACAUCUUGAAAGGAAUUUGCAAUGAACAGUUGGCUUUUUCCAUCUCUGUUUACAAAAGAUACAAAAUGCUCCACAAAACCAUGGAUCUGAAAAUUCUCUUUCUUCUGCUAGCUGGCUCUUGGGUGGCUUCCAGCCUUCUUCCCUCUCCACUUAUUUUUCUGGAUGUGCUUUCCGACACACUCAACGAAGGAGACUCCAUUAAGAUUGCUUGUUUGGCACCCAGGCAGUACAAGGAUGCCUUGUUUUAUUUGUUCAAGGUGAGCCACGGGGAGCCCCUGCAGGUUGUGCAUGCCGCAGAAGCACAGCACCAAGUUAUUUUCCUUCUGGAGAACAUCACUCGCAGUGACGGAGGGCAGUACAAGUGCCAGUUUGGCGUCUACAAUGGAAGUGCGUUGAAACCGUCUGAGUUUAGCAACCUCCUUGAGAUUACAGUGGAAGCAUCCAGCUUGACCACUUUCCCUCCAACAGCUCAGCCGAGAUCUGAUUCAAAAGGUCCAUUCUGGGUUCUCCCCGUUGUCCUGAGUGUAGUUGGAGUACUGCUCCUGGCUGUGAUCCUGCUGGUGGCCGCAGUUGCAUUGAGACGCUUUAAAGAGAGAAGAAAGAAGCAAAGGGUACUGGACUCCUGCUGGACAGAAACAAGCUACCCCACCACAGAGACAUCCUUUGAUAACUCCAUGUACACUAUUACAAUGAAAACGGACCAGGAAGCUAUAGAGAACAACGGUGCUUGGAUCUCGUCAGCUACAAGUACAAGACUUUCAUCCCGCUGCUCUGUGGAAAAGCCAGAUUUUUGUACUUUUAGAGGAUCAGAAUGACCUUUCACUUGAUCACACGGCUCAGGAUCUCUCUGAUAAUCUUCCUCCCUGACAUCAAUACCCUGCAAGUUGUUCCUCUCAGAUCAUCAACAGAAACAGAGUUCAUCGACCGUUUUUGGCCAGAGUCUCCUGGUCCCUGCCAUCACAAAGUUCCAUCUUCACCUUUCUAAGUUCUCUUCCACCGCCAAUCAAACAUUCGGAACUUGGGUCAUGUGGAGGUGGGGAAGAUGUUGCCGAUUCCAUCCAUUUCUGGAAUUCCUGAUUUGGGAAAAGUAGGAACAAUGAGGAUGAACUUUGAGAGUUCUUCAGCUCUGGGACUGUGGCAAGACUGGAAGGAGAUGAAUAAAAACUGGGUGAUUUAACCUUCAAAAAGAA